GCGCGCCGCAUUGUUGCGCCCGGCAGCUGCGGGGAUACCGUAUGGGCUCGCCACCCGAGCCUCACGACAAGAUCUCCUACGUGACCGACAUCGAGGGAAACUGGGAGUUUUUCGUCCGCUUCAUCGACCUCUCCGAGGCGCUGAGCCUCAUCGCGCUGCCGGCGCACGGCUCGCCCGCGGCGCAGGUGGACCUGCAGGAUGGCUGGCAGCUGGUGGUGGGAGGCGAUUGCUGCGACAAGGGCGGCGCCGUCGGCGGCUCCAUCCGCGUCGUAUCGACCCUCGUCGAGCUCAAGCGGCGCUAUCCGACUCGAGUGACGCUCAUCCUCGGCAACCGAGACGUCAACAAAAUGAGGAUGACGUCGGAGCUGUCGGAGGGGCAGCUGGCGCACGAGCGGCUGUCCACCAUCCCGGGCCCGUACUGGGUCCCCGAGUCCAAGCGCGUCGCUCCCUGCGCCUUUCUUCGCGCGACUGCGGCGCAGCAGCUGGGCCGCGCGGGCCUCGCCGCGUCGCUCUCUGUCGCGGAGCUCGCCUCGGGGUACAACACGCUGCCCAACCGGCUCCGCUGGAUGCUAAAGGAGACGAUGGGCGCCGACGGCGAGUUUGAGCGCCGGCGGGCGGAGAUUGCGCUGCUGCGAGGCUCUGACGCCGAGCACGCUUUGGCGGUCCGCAAGGCGGCGGAGAGUUCCGAGAGCGAGGCGCGCGACGGGCGGCGCCCUCGGCCUUCAAGCCGCGCCGAGGCGGCGCUGGGUGUGACUGACGCCGAGGUGUGCGAGUCGUUUGUGUCGUCCGUUGCGCCGGGCGGCUUCAUGCGCGGCCUGCUCGACGCGGGCCAGCUCGCGUGCAUCAUCGGCUCGACACUCUUUUUGCACGGCGGCGUCCAGUCGCGCGGAGGCUGCGCACUUGGGCGCGUGCCAGGCCGCGAGGGCGAGGUGCAAUCUCCGCGCGAGUGGGCCGACGCUCUCAACGCGUGGUACGCCGAGCAGCGUGCAGACUGGCACGCUCGCCCCGGCUGGGAGGAUGAGAGUUCAGGGCCGAGCUUCGCCGCCGACAAGACGGCGCAGGGUUGGGCGAGCUUGCGCGGCGGGCACGCGCUGAUGGACUACGCGCGUGUCCCACCGUGA